GUCUGUUUUGAUGUUUUGUGUCUAAACUUUAAAACUUUAAUAAUUUCUGCUAAAUGUUUUAAUUUUUUUUAACAACAAAAAUAUUUAAAACAGUGUAACCUACUCUCUUAACCGUCUGUGCAAUAAAUUUAUAUUUUACCAAAACCAUGGCAGAUUAUUUUCAAGAAAUGGGUUGGAGAGAAUUAGAAGAUGGUGAACAACCCAAUCAUCUUCUUCACAUGGCAAGAUUUCUAAUUGAUUUUGGUCAUUAUGAUGACUAUUUGACCGGAGAAUGGCCCAGAUUACCACCAGCAGCAUCUAAAGAAGCAGUGAAAAAUCUACAAGAAAUUGUAAUACAAACUGAAAACAAGGAAUGUCCUAUAUGCCUAAAAAAAUUUCAAGUCAAUGAAAAAGCUAAGGAAAUGCCUUGCCAUCACUUGUUUCAUGAAAAAUGUAUUAUAACAUGGCUUAAUCAGACCAAUUCCUGUCCCUUUUGUCGCUAUGAAUUACCAACAGAUGAUGAAGAGUAUGAAGCUUUUAAAAAACAGAAAUUAAGAGCUGAGCAAAGGAAGGAAGAUAUAGAAACAUUACAUAACUCUAUGUUUAGUUGAUUUCACUUUCAAAGGAGGUCCAGAAUUGUACGAAGCUUACGACUGGCCAAUGUCAAUAAAUUAAAAAAAAUAAAACAACUUGAUUUUAAUUCAGUGAAAAUUAUACAUUCUAUUCAAGAAGUGAAAUAUAUGAUCAAUAAUGGCGGAUUGAUGGCACUUAAACAUUUUGAGUCACUUUUCCAGUCAAUCAUAUCUAAAUCCUAAUGAAUUAAUCACAUUGAUAAUAUUUUAAAGAAUAUGAAAUUAAAUUAAAUAAAUUGGUAAUAAUUGAGUGAAUCAUCAUUCAUCUAUAAUAUAAAUUUUAAUACUAUCAUUUAUUUAUUUCCCAUUAAUUGAUUAUGAAACACGGCUAAAACUCACGUGAUAUUACGUCGGAGUACGCCGUGUUUUAGCCGUGUUUCAUAAUCAAUUAAUAUGAAUAACACUCACGAUAGUUUAAAUUCUAAAAUAUUUAUUUCCCCUUUUUUUUAAAUUUUUAAGUAAUAUUAAUAUUUAUUAAAACAUUUAUAAAUAUUAAUAUUUAUUAAAACAUUAUUAAAAACUUAUAGAAUAUAUAUUAUUAAUUAAGAAUAUUAUUAAUCAAUCAUAUUUCUUAAAGAAAAUAGUUCAGUUUCACUGACUUAAAAGUCAUUUUAAUAAUCAUAUUAAUGAAGAUGAAAUGAUGACCUUUUUCAUGUAAUUUAGUUUGAUUAUUUCAAUAAAUCAGAAUGAAACAGGGGUUGAAAGUUUCAAGCUACACGUUUUUUUUAAAAAUUGGUAUGAAAAAUACUAAAAAUAAUUUCUUACAAGACUUUUCAAAAUUCAACCCCCUUGAAAACGGGGUUGAAUUUUUUAUUACGAAUCGGUCAUGUUUUGUGUUAUAUUUUUGUAAAAUGAUUAGUGGACUAUUUAUUAUAUAAAAUGAGCGAAAAUAAAAGGAGAAGGGAAUGCAAUAGGGGUUAAAAGUAGUAAAUCGAUUUCCACGCGGACGUUGUGGGCGUUCGCUAGUACUAAAUAUAGUCCAUGUAAACGUAGUCCAAGGACCAUCUUUAUUUUAUUUUAUUUUAUUUUAAUGUUAAGGUCUUUGUAAAAUAUAUUUUAUGUAAACAAUGAACAUCAUGUUGAUGUACCUACCUGAAAAGUUUUACAUUAUUGUAUUUUUUUUUAGAUUUCUAAGAAUCAAGUAUAAUCAAUACUUGAUUUUAAAAUGGUUGUAACUUUAUUUGUAUGAGUAAAGGAAUAUUAUAGGUUAAUACUGUUAUUUGUUUGUAACAUUACAGUUUGAUGUUUGUAACAUGUUAUAACCAUUAAAGUACAGAUGAAUUAAUUUUAAAAAGUUUCAACAGUCCAUUUUAAGACUCAAACUACAGGAAAAUAAAUGACUACAUUUAAAAAGUUACAAACAUAUUUUCUUUGAUAGCGAUACUAAGUGUAUUUAUUGGUGAUUGGUUUUUCCCAUCUAUUGUGUUAAGCAAAUUAUUAUAGUAAAUUAUUAUUUAUACCUACGUCAAAUCAAUUAUCAUGUUAUAUUUUACUGGGUGAUAAAAUAUUGUUGAAGAUUUUAUAAUUACAUUAAUUAAAUUGGAA